UCGUUUACACAAGGUGUCAGGUGAAAUUAUUUUGACUGGUGCUAAUGUCUAAAUGCGUCAUGGAUUUAAAAAACGAUAUGGUAACUGGAAAUUGUAAUUUCGAAACUGAGGCAAAAUUGGAUAUUUAAUCUUAUUUUUCCAAAAGGUCAAUCCAGUCGGCACUAAAUUUUCACUCACCACUUUGAUUAGUAAAAGAUUCAUUUGCGAACUUCUAGGAGAUCGUAAUGGAUGCAUUUUUUACAAAUCAGUCAAAUCAUUUUCGCCAAUCACAAACCUGUUGUUUUAACAGCAAUAAAACUAUUUCAAUCUUUCGAACCAUUGAAAAUUCAUGUUAUUCAAUUACUUUAGGAAAUUAGUUGACUAUGCUCAAGCCUUAAUGCAGAACCUCCAAAGUGAUACGAAUGAACGACCGUUCACAAAUAGAAAUCAGCUUGAAAGUUUUUCUUCAACAGCUCAAAUCAUUCAACUCUUCUUUACCAAAAGAUGCCGAUUAUGCCGAACUUAGGGAUGCUGUUAAUUAUGCCAUUCUUCAGUCUAAAAAAUGCAGAAAACUUAGAGAUAACAGCCCUUUAAAAUGUAAACGGGAUAUUCCUACACCUUGCUCAGAUAUAGAUAUUCCAUGUAUUCCAAAAGAUUUAUGCACUUUGUCUAUACCAAGGGACCAUUUCAACAUUGGCUUAUUGUCAAAUAAUCAAGACCAUCGGGCUGUCCAAGAAACAGAAGGUAAAGAAAUUGAUGAAAUAAUAUUCAAACUGAAACAAAGUGAAUCAAUCAAGAAUUUUGUACAAAGUGGGAAGAGAACUAGUUUACAUUAUGCAGCUUAUUGGGCUUCACAAACAUGUGUUCAAACGUUAAUAUUACAAGGAUCUGAUCUUACUGCUCGUGAUGAAUACGGUCUGACUCCAGUUAUAUGGGCUUGUGAAUCCGAUCAGCUGGGAAAUCUAAUCACUUUAAUGAAGGCGGCUAAAUUUCAGAAUAUUCCAGAAAACCAAUGGAUUUACGACAGUAGUGGUUACCAUCUCAUACACCACGCUUUAUAUAAAGAUAAUCGUUUAAAGUGUUUGGAGUACUUAUCAAACCAUGAGUAUGGAUUAAUUGUGGACAAGGACGACCAAAGCGUGCUACAUUAUGCAGCAAUGAAUGGCUUUUUGAAUGCAUGCAAAAUCAUCCUGCAGUGUAGAUCAAAUAUUGUUUUAUUAAAUCAAUUCAACAAAGACAGUCGUACACCUUUGCAUUUAGCUACUAUAAAUGGACACGGAAAUAUUGUCAACUUCUUGCUAAGUCAAAAAGCAAAUCCUUAUCUAUGUGAUAAAGAAAAUCAUACACCAUAUUACUAUGCAAACAGUAAACAUCUUCACUUUUGCCUAUUAAUAUAUGAACGAUAUAAUAUUAAAGAGAAACAGAAUGAGAAACCAACACUGGAUGACAACCUUUUAAAUGAAUUAAUAACAUUUAGACCAGCUAAUCCACAAUUUUCUCAUUAUCAGGAUUUCGAUAUUAACACAUAUUAUGAAAAUGAUAAGCAGAGAAAAAGUCCAUCACCGCCUACUUCAGAUAAUCGUUUAGUUAAACAGCAAAUUAAUAAGGGACAAAAUAAUGAUACUACUGCUACGAGUAACAGUAGUAUAAAUAAUAAUAAUGCAAAUCAGAAACAGAAUUCAUCUUCACUCUUGAAUAAAUCAAUAAGAAGACGAUUAGUGUUUGGAACAUUCAAUGACAAUUAUUCCAAUAACAGUAAGAGUAACAGUGUACUUGUCAGCCGAAACAAUCAGGCUUUAGACAGACAUAUCUCAUGCUCGUCAUCAAGAUUAACUGACAGAAGCCAACAUAUUGAAAUGAAUUCUUCAGUCAGUACAGACAGACAACCACAUAUUUCUAGAAGUAAUGUAAAAAUUAAACCUGAACUAUUGCCUACAGACAGACGAAUUCAUCGAUUUCGUAAUCCACUUAUUACAGCUAAACAAAUAAAUCUACAAAGUAUCAAUAAGUUUCAAAAUUCAAGAUUAAAACCAUCAAUCUCUACACUAUCAUCAUCAUCUGAUUACCCCGAAAUAGAUUGCAAAUCAGUGAAACAUAAUGAGGAAAUUUCAAUAAAUGGGCAAAGUAAUAAUGAUAAUAAUAGUAAUAGUAACAGCUUUCGUAUUGAUAACAGACAACAAGAUCAAAAGCACACGUCAAAUCUCUGUUCUACGAUAGAUCCUUUUAAAGAUGUUGUUUACAAAUCAAGAACUAGUGAUGGUUCCUCUAUUUCUGAUACAAAUUCAAUCCCAGAAACUGAAACAAUUCUUUACCCAACUCCUUGUAAAUUACCAUUUACCCAAAGAAUAGUUUCAAACAAUUUGACGUAUGAAAGUAAUUCAAGACUACUUAGACGACGUCAGGUGAACAGUCCAGUAAGAGAUACUUCUAGUAUAAAGAACAAUGACUACAUCAGUACUGGUGGUGAACUCGCUCAAACUUCCUUUGACCAACACGAUGAAAUGAUACCAUUAAAUCUUAAAAUGCCUACCAAGCAAAGUACACGCAUCUCUUGUCAAAAUAAACAAUCAUCCUAUAGUUUAAUCUCUCCAACUUUUAAAUAA